AUGGCCAUCGCUCUCAUGUCGGAAAAGACGUCGCUAUAUCGGCGACCCGUCAUUUUCGCCGCCUUCGUCCUCGUAUUCUUCAUCAUCUUGGAGACUUUUUACUUAUAUUCCAGCACUUGGACACCUGCACACGGGUUGUUACCCUCUGAAACAACAUCGACCGGGGCAUCACCAGAAACGUCAGUCAAUUCGCCGCCAAAGAAGAAGAAGCAGAAGCAGCAAAAACCGAAACCGAUACCGAUCAAGACAUCACAGCUUCACUUCCUUCUCCCGGCCUCCGACCCAAAUGACAUGUUUUGCGCCAUUGUCGCCUCCGCCCUCGUCAACAGAUAUCCCGCGCCUUACAUGGUUGGAUGGAAGGGAGAGGGCAAGUACAACGCUUCCGCCGCCCACACUGCGAAACUCUACUCCAUCAAGAAAUAUCUCGACAAGCUCCCCAACGGCGGCGACGACGACGACCUCGUCUUUUUUGGCGACGGCUACGAUGUCAUGGCUCAACUGCCCGUAGAGGUCAUCAUCGAGCGCUACUUCAAGGUUGCUGCUGACGCUGACCAACGCUUGGCGGACCGUUUUGGAAUCACCGUCGAAGAGGCCCACAAACGUGGUCUCAAGCAGACUCUCUUUUGGGGCGCCGACAAGAUGUGCUGGCCUGCCCUUAACGAAGCUCAGUGCACCAAGAUCCCCAGUUCGCAUCUCCCCAGCACUGUUUACGGACCCAAGACCGGCAACGGCAACACACACAAUCGCGAUGCCAAGUAUUUCAACUCGGGAAGCGUCAUAGGCCCGAUCGGCGACCUGCGCAAGUUCAUCAAUGCCGGUGUCACCGCCUUGGAGGAGACUUUUGAUCCCAAUUUCAAGUACAAGACUUCAGACCAGAUCUACCUCGCCCGCACGUUCGCGCGCCAGGAAUUGUCCCGCGCGAAGCAGAUUGAGGACGAGCUCCACAACAUUGACACCGUCAUCAGCAACAUCACCGCGACAGAGGAUGUGGCCGAGUAUCACGCAGCCAUCGAUUACGAGUCGGACUUUGUGCAGACCGGAUGCUUCGCUCACAAGUGGAUGCAAAAGCUAAAUUACAACAACACCGAUAACACGGCGACCGUUGGCAUGGAUCUCUUUGACCAGGGCAAGGACUUCAAGCCCCACAAGAUCCAGCUGCCCGCCAACGUGUACCGCUCUCUCAUCCGCGUCUUCCAGUCGCUGCCUGACGAUGCCACCAAAAAGUCCGCGCGCGACUGGAUCGGCAGCCUCAAGCUCGACACAAACAUCGCGACCCGCAAGAUCUUUGGUUUCUACCACGCCACGUGCAGCAAGCGCCAGCUCGUCGCCGACUUUAAGAAGUACUGGUUCCACCCUGGGUGUACAAGACGGCGUUUUCCUCGGAGGGAGCCCCUGAGGAUGCGCUCGGGGGUGUCUUGA